AUGCUGCGUUCCCUGAAUCAUCAUCACAUUCCUACUACUUCAACUUUUGGUAGCACAAUAACAACAAGACCACAAUUCACAGUCAUGCUGGGCCGUCCUCAACGACGGGGGUUUGCCACUUCUUCUUCUGGUGACAAGACGGAGGAAACCACCUUUACCGACGACAGCACUAUCAGCAAUACUGAUAAUAGCAGCACGGAAGUGGACGCCACGUUGGAACGACUGUUUCAAGAACAAAGCAAUCUCCAAUUGACAGCCGAACAAGUCGCCAAUACCAGUUUGGAAUUUGUCCCCACAUGGUGGUACUUCAGUGACCAAUGCAUCCAAAUGAUUUUCAAAGUACAAGAAUUAUCCGGAGUGGAACUGGGGACUGCCAUUAUGGGGACCACGUUGGCGGUCCGUCUCGUCUUGUUCCCCAUUGUCUUGUCCACCCAAAAAUCGGCUUCCCGCAUGGCCCAUGUCCAACCGGAAUUGGAAGUUCUCAAACGCAACUUUGAGAAGAUUCGGAAUCCCACCGCAGAAGACAAGAUUCAAAUGGGCAAAAAGGUACAAGACCUAUUUCGGAGGUACGACGUCAGUCCCUUUCGAUCCAUGUUAAUGCCCUUCAUUCAAUUCCCAUUCUUUCUCGGAAUGUUCUUUGGACUCAAAAAAAUGCCCGAUUACUUUGCCGCCGAAAUGGCCACGGGAGGCGUCCUCUGGUUCCCCGAUCUCAAUCAGACCAUGUUGCUCGAUUGGACGUUACUGGGAGGAUUCCUUCCCGACCCCAAUGUCACGUGGAUUCUCCCCGGCAUUUGUAUGGGAACCUUUGUGGCGUCCAUCGAAAUGGGCAAAGAUCAAAUGAUGGCAUCCAAUCCUGCCAUGGCCGGGAACAUUAUCAUGUUCUUUCGAUUCAUGAUGGUACCCAUGGUAUACAUUCUAUCCACAUUCCAUGCCGGGGUUCUCUGUUAUUGGACCGUCAACAAUUUGUUUACGCUGAUACAAAUCACCACACUCAAAAUGCCCGCCGUCAAGAAAGCGGCUGGGAUUUGGGAUGCUCCCAAACCGGUGCCAGGCGUUACUAGUCAAUCGCCGGGAUUGAAGGAGGCCAUGGAAUAUGCCCAAAAAUAUGCCAGUGGAGAACCCACCACCGAAGCGGGGAAAAUGGAAUUGCACAAUCAACGCGUCGAACAAAAAAAGAAACAAGCGGUAUUGAGUCGCACCAGUCGUGGUCGGAGUAGUAGUAGUAGCACUCGUAGAGCCAUCAAGAAGCGUUGA